CAAAUCCGUAUGUGCUUAUGUCCGGUAAUGUAAGUGCACAGUUGUACUGAUGAGAGGUGAGGACUAUGGGCAGUCCGCUACCCACCUUCUGGGCACUACCUCUCUUUCCCCGGCAGGGGGCGCCCAAUGCGCCGCUCAAUCACCAUUAUCCCUGAAAUGGAGGAUUUAAAAAUUUGAAAGAAUUCUCUAUUCCCGCCUGAUUCUGUUGCCAUCCUUGGUGACGUCACGCCGUAGUCCACACCCAUCUUUUAAUCAGCCAAUCACCAUCAACUUCCAGAAUUCUCCGCCCGUUUCAGGAAGCUCCGUGAUAACCGAGUGUUAGCGUCUGAAACAACGAACAAACCGGGAGAAAGGGCUGGCAGCACCCGCCCAGCCGGGGAUACAGGGUCCGGGCACCGCGGGCACAGCUCUUUGUUGGCAGUAGCGGGCACAGCUUGAGUGGGUGUGUGACAUAUGGGCGUGGUCUAGGCGGGGUCAGCUGACUGCUUAGUCUUGGUUACAUUGUGUAGGAAAACAGCGUCCGGAUCUCCGGCUGAAUCCGAUCGGGCCCAGUGUCUCCGGGUCACCGAGGACUCCUGCCAGGCCUAUCCCCGUUCACAGGACGCGUGUGUAGAGCGGCAGAAGCUGGGUAGGCCGGGGCCCUUGGGUGACACGGAGAGGUGACAGCGACCGUCCCUGCUGCCACAUACCGCACUGCCAGCUAUGGAGCAGCUGCCCACCAACCUGCAGGUCCUGCUACAGGCGGCCGAGUACGUGGAGAGGAGGGAGAGAGAAGCAGAACACGGAUAUGCCUCAAUACUACCCUGCGAUACUUCUACACCUGGUAGGAGGAAACGGCAGAGGACCACCAGCAACCCUGACAGUGUUAGGUCUGUCCACAAUGAGCUGGAGAAGCAUCGGAGAGCUCAGCUGCGGAGGUGUCUAGAACAGUUAAAGCAGCAAGUUCCUUUAAGUGUGGACACGUCCCGUCAUACAACUCUCAGCCUCCUGCACAGAGCCAGACAGCACAUUAAAAAACUGGAGGAUCAGGAACUGAGAGCAAAGAAUCUAAAAGAAAAAUUAAGGACUGAGCAACAGAGGCUACGACAAAGACUAAAACGGCUUCUACCCUCUAGCAGCACUGAACGUAUAAGAGCAGAUAGCUUGGACUCUUCCACAUUGUCAUCUGAACGGUCAGACUCUGACCAAGAGGAUUUGGAAGUAGAUGUAGAAGGAGUCAUCCUGGGAGCCAAUGAAGGGGACCUAUUUGUUUCAUUUAGUGCUGGAAUGGAGCACAGUUACUCUACUCCAGCCCAUGCCUGGCUUUGACAACAGUGAUGAAAAUCCCGAUUAGCAAUAACACACCUUUAUGAAGACUCUUAACUAGCAUAUAUUCAACUCCUAAAAUGCCAUAGCUCAGAAACCCUUCAAGGAUCUUCUCAUGAAGGGAGAGUAACUGACUGUCCUUCCUUUGGACAGGUGUAUUUCCCCUCCCCCAUAGCUUUCAUGGUGGUGAUCUACAGUCUACUAUGAACUCUACAUCCUUCAUUGGCAUAGCUGUGUGGAUGAACUGCAGCUAAGUUCUUUGUUGGGGUAUAGAGCAUAUGGCAGUAACAAUGCUUUUGUAGAAAACUGUAUUUUAAUAUUGAAGAAGACUAUUGGGACCUCUGGACAUAGUUCUGUUUAGAUACCAUGGCUCUUAUGUAACCAGCACGUCCCAUGUUAAGUGCCAUCCUGAUCACAUAAUUUAUUGUACACAAAGAAAUGCCGGAGCCUCUUUCACCACAUUGCUGUGCACUGGUUGUACAACACUCCCGGACAUCUAAGAAGCACUUUGUAAUGUGUGCACUUAAAGGAACACCAUGUAAACAACUAUAAAUAUAUUUUUAUUCUUCAUAAAAGGUCUAAGAACUAUGCUGCAGGACUUACAGGAAGCAAGCUUGUGAGAUUUCAAUCACAUUCUCCAGGGUCAUCAGUCUCACAUUUUAUUUCCAGUAAAAUAACAUGUGGAAAAAUAAUAUAAAAUUAUCUCUGGGAAGUUUAAUGUUUACAUGACUGAUAAUCUAUUGUAAAAAGUCCAAACUUUUCCAUGCACUUGCUGAAGAGGAGAAGCGUCUUGAUCGAGCUGCCUUAGCGGAUCUCUUAGCAUAGCACAAGCUUUUAGUUGGAAGGACUCCACCAUUCCUUACAGCAGUAGGGACUGGAUGUUAUACCCCCUGAUUUAAGAUGAGCAGCUUACUUACAUUCCUGAGCCCAACCACUAUUUGUAUGGGUAAAGAGGGGGAACCUCUGAAUAAGCAUUUUAUAAUGUAACUUCUAUUUUAGUAAAUGUGGUUUUUGUUCUGUAGAAAUGCUUGUACUUCUUCAUAUUGAAAUACAUAGAGCUUCA